UUCUACCAUGGUGACGUCCGGGGUGUGGAGGGGUCCAGUGAGCACUCAGCACCUGCUCAGGUCUCAGGGGACUGAUUACGGUGAACACCAGCGUCAGUUAUCUGAUAGAACCCCUGCCUGCUGUCACCAUGGAUACACAGCCUCCUCACGCCGUGUUCCGAGCCGAGAACCUCCGUUUGCCCAACGGAACCUGCGGGCAACGCCAUAGCAACCAGGGCCAGGGGGAGGGGCUGGGUGACCUCAUCCAGGGAAUGAUGUCACCGUGGGGCGGAAGGGAGCGUAGAGACGUGGGCCAGAGUAUGAAGUAUGUAGAGCUGCUGCUGGUAGCUGACCAUGCUGAGUUUCAGAAGCACGGCGGGGACUUAAAUAGGACGAAAAGGAAACUGCUGGAGGUGGCUAACUACGUAGACAAGGUGAGACAAGCCCACACAGUGGUUCAUUUGGGAUUAGUUCGGGGGCGUGUCCAGAUGGACAUAUAG